AGAGAUUGAGAUUCUCCGGUUGAUCUGAUCUGUGUGUGUGUGUGUGUGUGUGUGUAUCGGCGGAAUGGAGGUCUAUCCUCUCGACACUGAAGGGAUGAUGGAGGCUUGGCUCGACGACCACCGAGAGUUCGCACAUUCUUACUUUGUACGCAAGGCUUCUCGGGAAAUGGUCAACGCUUGGUUUGCUGAGCGUGUCCACUCCAUCCAGCCGGCCAGGGAAGCACCAAAAGCCCCGCAGGAAUCUUUAACGGGCCUUCAUCCAGCCGAUGCCCCGAGUCCGGCUCCAUCCACACCAACACGGAAGAUCUCAGCGUCUGAGUUCGACAGGCCGCUUCGCCCCAUUGUCGUGAAAGACGCCGAGGGUUCGCUCACUUUCCUAAGCGACGCAGAACGGGUUCAGAUGCCUCCUCCUCCUUCCCAGCGCGCAGACGUGGGCGGAGGGAUUAUGCAUUCUGGAGAUCGCCAAAAUGGUGAUCGGUGUGCUCGUUUGUUGGACCUUGUACGCGACGUUUCAAGUCACUUGGAUCUUACUGCCCUCUGCCACAAGAUCUUCUUACACACUCACGAGUUGAUCGCUGCAGAUCGCUACUCGCUCUUCUUGGUUGGAGAGGACAGUUCGAACAGAAAGUUCCUGGUGAGCCGGCUCUUUGAUGUCGCAGAAGGAUCCACUCUUGAAGAGGCUUCAAACAGCGGCAUUCGCCUCGAAUGGAACAAAGGAAUUGUGGGAUAUGUGGCGGCCACUGGACAGCCUCUGAACAUCAAGAACGCAUAUGAGGAUCCACGCUUUAAUGCAGAAGUCGACCAAAUUACAGGAUAUAAGACGCAGAGCAUCUUGUGUUUGCCCAUCAAAAACCACCGAGAUGAGGUUGUCGGUGUCGCACAAGCGAUCAAUAAAAGGUGUGGAGAGAACAGCAGCUUCACAGAGCAGGACGAGAGGGACUUUUCUUCGUACCUGUCUUUCUCUGGGAUAGUGCUACACAACGCUCAACUCUAUGAGACAUCGCAGCUGGAGAACAGGCGAAACCAGGUGUUGCUGGAUCUGGCGAGUCUGAUCUUUGAGGAGCAACAGUCACUGGAGGUUUUGCUGAGGAAAACCGUGGCCACCAUCUUGUCUUUCAUGCAGGCUCAAGAAUGCACCGUCUUCAUUACUGACAGAGAAACGGCUAACACAUUCUCCAGUGUGUUUCACAUGGAAUAUGAGGAGCUUGCAGGAUCCGUGGACUUCCCGAACAGGGAAUGUGACGUCAACAAGAUUAACUACAUGUACGCUCAGUAUGUCAAGAACAGUAUGGAGUCGCUGAACAUCACAGAUGUCACCGAAGACCAGCGAUUUCCAUGGACUAGUGAAAAUCUAGAGUCCUCGAACGGUCAAAUCAAAAGUCUUCUCUGCACGCCAAUCAGGAAUGGGAAGAAAGAUAAAGUGAUAGGUGUUUGCCAGUUGGUGAAUAAGAUGGAUGACGCGUCAGGAGAAGUCAAAGCCUUUAAUAGGAACGAUGAGCAGUUUCUCGAGGCCUUUGCUAUCUUCUGUGGACUGGGCAUCCAGAACACACAGAUGUACGAAGCCGUGGAAAGAGCCAUGGCCAAGCAAGAGGUCACACUCGAGGUGCUCUCGUAUCAUGCGUCGGCUGAAGAAGAAGAGACGCGGGCGCUCCAGGCCGCCACGAUCCCCUCGGCUCAGUCUCUCCGACUGAUGGACUUCAGCUUCAGUGAUUUCGACCUGUCGGACGCCGACACGACUCAAGCCACCAUACGCAUGUUCGUGGACCUCAAGCUCGUGCAGAACUUUCAGAUGAAGUACAAGAGCCUGUGCCAGUGGAUCUUAAGCGUGAAGAAGAACUACAGGAAGAACGUGGUUUAUCACAACUGGAGACACGCUUUCAACACGUCGCAGUGCAUGUUCGCUGUGCUGAAGUCUGGCCGGGUCCAGAAUAAUCUGAGUGAUUUGGAGGUCUUAGCUUUAAUGAUUGCGACAUUGAGCCAUGAUUUGGAUCACAGAGGUGUCAACAACUCCUACAUCAAAAGAAGUGACCAUCCACUGGCCCAGCUCUACUGCCACUCCACCAUGGAGCAUCACCACUUCGACCAGUGUCUCAUGAUCCUCAACAGCCCUGUGAGUAUACCUGUGUGUGUGUGUGU